CAGGCGACACCCGACCGGAGGAACAAUCCAAAGCCCGCCCCGCACGGACGGACAAAACUCCUAAAACCUUACUAAACCCUAGCUCCCGCUCCCCCCAUCCCAUGGCGGCCGCCCGGGCCACGCUCCCCCACCCCCUCCUCCCCACCCCCUCAUGGAGGCCGCAGCUCAAGCCCUUCCCAUCCAUUCCCCGCCGCGCGGUCGCCGCCUUCGCCGCGCCGCCGCUCACGGCUUCCCUGCGCCUCGGCGACGUGAUCGAGGCGCAGCAGUUCGACCGGCCGGCGCUCAACGAGAUCUUCGAGGUGGCGCGGGAGAUGGAGGCCGUGGAGCGGGCCUCCCACGGCUCCCGGAGCCGCGUCCUCGAGGGCUACCUCAUGGCCACGCUCUUCUACGAGCCCUCCACCCGCACGCGCCUCUCCUUCGAGGCAGCCAUGCGCCGCCUCGGCGGGGAGGUGCUCACCACCGAGAACGCACGCGAGUUCUCCUCCGCCGCCAAGGGCGAGACCCUCGAAGAUACCAUAAGAACUGUUGAAGGCUAUUCUGAUAUUAUCGUUCUGAGACAUUUUGAAAGUGGAGCUGCCAGGAGAGCAGCUGCUACUGCAGACAUUCCAGUUAUUAAUGCAGGUGAUGGGCCAGGGCAGCAUCCAACUCAGGCUCUGUUGGAUGUAUACACAAUAGAAAGAGAAAUUGGUAGGCUAGAUGGAAUCAAGCUUGGUUUGGUUGGAGACCUUGCUAAUGGAAGAACUGUCCGUUCUCUGGCAUAUUUGAUCUCUAAAUACCAGAAUGUUAAGAUAUACUUUGUAUCUCCGGAUGUUGUAAAAAUGAAGGAUGAUAUCAAGGAGCACUUAACUUCGCAAGGUGUUGAAUGGGAAGAAAGUUCCAAUUUGUUGGAGGUGGCAUCCAAGUGCGAUGUCAUUUAUCAAACACGCAUUCAAAAAGAAAGAUUUGGUGAGAGGAUUGAUCAAUAUGAGGCUGCUCGUGGAAAAUAUAUUGUGGAUAAGAAGGUUUUAAGUGUGAUGCCAAAGCAUGCUGUCAUCAUGCAUCCCCUUCCAAGGCUUGACGAGAUCACUGUAGAUGUUGAUAGUGAUCCAAGGGCUGCAUAUUUUAGGCAGGCUAAGAAUGGGCUCUACAUAAGGAUGGCACUGCUUAAACUUCUGCUUGUUGGUCGGUGACGGUUUUCCUAGUGCCUGAGCUAGUGGCGUGUCGAAGGAUCAUAAAUACACCCUUAACUAUCUGGCUCCAAAUUCAACUGCGCUGUGCUGUACUAGGCAUAAAAGGUUGGAUCCUUGCUAGAAUAAAGCCAUGUUUUCAUGCGUAAUCUCCAAAGUGAACAUUAUCUGUUAUAAAUGUGGUUUGAAUGAAGUGUGUCUGCGCGGCCUUUGGCCUGGGAAAAAUAUCCUGCUAUUUAUGCUAUAAGUUCACUUCUGACCA